UAUUCUUGGAAUUUGGUGAUUUAACCCCGGAACGAACAGUUGCCGUGAGUGACCGGUCCGAGCUUAGAUUGUCAUAAGGUCCCGUAAAGACUUCUGAGACAAUUGCAAGAAUGUUGAUACUUAUAUUACUAGGAUUAUAUUAAAAUUUAUAAAUCACAUCCUAGUAUUGGAACAUCCCUCCGGAAAUCCGGAUUACUGGAAACCAGAUGCAUUUAUCCAGUUCAUUUUUACAGAUCCUGAAAGUAGAUGAGUUUCUCAAUCUAAAAUAUCUAAGUGUCCAAAUCGGUUAAAAUGCCUUAGUUAAGAUCUUUUCAAAUGGAUGGUAUUCAGACUAGUCAGACCAUUAAAGAUUUUUUGUUGGACACACAACGAUUGUGCAAAUGUAGGGUGAUUGAUGAGUAAUUCAUCAAUUUAAAAUAUCACAACCAUAAACUCGAUUGCAACAACUGUCGAAGCACAGUGAUCGUUAAUACCGCUUAUUAGAUUCUCCACCGCAUGAAUAUUUUUUCGGCGAAUACUAAAGCGGGUUACGAGAAAGACGAACAAUGAAGGACCAGAUGUUUACUUUGUGACAAAUCCUGGAUAGAAUUUCGAUUCUCCACUUUUCAUGGACACCGAACAACUACAGAACGACCUACUGAGGGACUGCCUCCGCAAACAAUUGGAUGAGUUCCAUAUGUUGGCAUCAAUAUUUUGCAAUCCCGGCGAACUCCACGUUGACGACUACAGUUUUGUAGAUAACAUCAACGCAUAUGUCGAAGGUGAAACGAAGCAACUCCGUGCAAAACUUGAUUACCAGCUAAAUCUCCCGCUGCAACAUUCGGAGAAGGUUCAAAUUCGCAUCGAAUUACCUCAUCUUUAUCCAGGAAUAGAGAUACCAGAGUUUGUUAUCAGAUCCACAACGUUUCCACGGGAUCAAGAGCGAAUGAUCACGAAACGGAUAGAAGACUACAUCCAUCAGGAGGUUCUAGACCAGAACGAAACGUAUGUCUACCAGGUGGUUUCCUGGAUUCAGGACAACUUUAAUGAAAUCACAAAAAAUGCGGAAAAAAACCAAAACCUAGAAGCUAGGAACACUACAUUGAACGUACCUAGCGCAAUUAUUUUUGAAAGGUUGUGGAUAUAUUCCCACCACUUGAAGAGCAAAACAAAACGGAAAACAAUUUUGAAAACUGCCAAUGAUUUGAACUUAUCAGGUUUCUCGAGGCCCGGAAAACCAGCAAUUAUCUGUGUGGAAGGAUGGCAACAAGACACACAGGAGUUUUGGCGCACCAUUCGACCGUUGAAAUGGCAAAAGAUCCAAAUUCGUUUGGCAGAAACUGAAACAAUAGAGCGUUCCGACUCUUUAGAAAGUAAACGAAGAUUCCCGGGUUUUCGCGAGGAGCUGUUCACCGAGGUAGACGAAGACAACGAUGAAGAAGUGCCCAUGAGCAUGAGCUUAUUUAUGACCUUUCUAGAUAAACAUAAGAGCGGGUAUAUAAGAAAGGAAAUAUUUGGCUUCGACCAAAUCGAGGCGCAAUAAUUUUUUUGUAUAGUUUCAUCGUUAUAGGUGCAAUCUAAUAAAUGAUUCGUAUUUUUAUA